AUGAGAAUUGAAGAGUAUAAGGGGAGUAGAGUUGACGACUCUCAUAACCGAGAGAAGAAAGCCAACAAAAAAGACCACCAGGAUGAAGAGAGGAAAAGUCACAAAUCCUCCAAGUAUUCCAACCGCCCUUUAGGGCGUGAUUCCCAAAGGUUCCAUUCACACAACGUCAUGCAAACUGAAUACACAGAACGCAAGAGUAACCCACAGCCCCAACAGCCAGACAAGGAGAUCACCGUGUAUUGCAAAUUCCACCGUAGCAAUGGCCAUAGCACUGAAGAGUGCAGAUCCCUCAAGGAUGAGAUUGACGAGCUAAUCAAGGGAGGCUCCCAAAGGCAGACGAAUAAUUCUGGGCGUGAGAUCGGUGCCGGCAGGCGUCGCCGUGAUCGUAGCAGGUCACCAGAAAGGCGAAGAACCGACCAGUAUGACUAG